CGUUGUUGUUGUGUGCAGGACGCCAUAUUGUUUUUUACUACCCAAAAAUGCCGAGAGUUCGAGUGAGGAAGACUUCCAGAGGGGAAAUUAACUUGUCGAGCUAUAGUAAUGCAUAUGAGGAGGUAAAAGCUGGGGAUUCACUACGGAAAGCGGCGGACAAGCAUGGUAUAAACCACUGUUCCCUAUUAAGAUACAUUCGAAAGCGAGAUGUGUCCGGGAAAGACGAUGAAGGUAUGGGGUAUAAAGCACACAAUCGUGUUUUCAAUGAAGAUCAGGAGCGAGAAUUAUCAAAAUAUUUGAUUCGAUGUGCUGAUAUAUAUUUCGGACUAUCCAAGAAAGAGGCUUACGAACUUACCAUUAAGUAUAAUUUAUCACGUCCUCGAACUUGGGAUGACAACGGAAUGGCUGGUGAAGAAUGGUUUCGGAUGUUUAUGAGAAGAAACCCUGAACUGUCCGUACACGCCGCACAAGCUACAAGCUUAGCAAGGGCGACAAGCUUCAAUAAAAGUAACGUAGAUGUCUUCUAUGAUAAUCUGUCCAUUGUCAUGGACCGUUAUAAAUUUGAGCCCCAAGAUAUAUAUAACGUAGAUGAAACCGGCAUAACCACCGUGCAAAAGCCUGACAGAGUUAUAGCUAGACGUGGUGCUGGUCAAGUUGAUUCAGUAACCUCAGGUGAAAGAGGUACUUUAGUGACAGUAACCUUUGCAGUAAACGCCAUUGGAAAUGUUUUCCCACCAUUUUUUGUGUUUCCGCGAGCACGAUUCCAAGACCAUUUUGUUAGGGAUGGGCCAAUAGGGUCUAGUGGAGCUGCAAAUCCCUCAGGUUGGAUGCAAGAUGAAUCAUUCCUGAAUUUUCUAAAACACUUUCAAAAGCAUUCCAAGGUUUCUCUGUCACACAAAGUUUUACUCGUACUAGAUAACCAUUCCUCACACGUACACAUAAACACACUGGACUAUUGCAAGAACAAUGGAAUUGUGUUAUUGUCUUUUCCUCCUCAUUGCUCUCACAAGCUCCAGCCGCUCGAUUGAUCCGCAUAUGGUCCUUUAAAGAAGGCUGUAAAUACCACGUGUGAUGCGUGGAUGAGAAACAAUCCAGGAAAACCCAUGUCAAUAUACGAUAUACCGGGGAUUGUAGCGUCUGCUAUGCCCCUCGCUAUGACAUCUUCCAACAUUCAAGCCGGCUUUCGCAAAAGAGGAAUUUACCCAUAUAACCGGAAUCUGUUUACUGAGAUCGAUUUUGCUCCUGCAUUUGUAACAGAUAGACCUAAUCCGGACAAUACAACUGAAAGAACAGAUAGACCUAAUCUAGAAAAUACUAUUGAGUCUGCAGUUGUUCCUAUAUUUAAUGAUAAUCCAAACGUAGAUGAAACACCACCACUAUCGCCUUCUCUUUUAACUGAAGAAUUACAGUGCUCUCUCCCGACAACAGUUGAACAACAAGCUCGCCUUGACUCACCAGUUCCAAUAAUCCAGCAAGUAAACGUUCACGAACCAGAAGAAA